AUGGUGGACUGCCCGCACAUUUCGGGCUCGGUGUGCAUCGCUGCCGUGAAUCUCUCGCAGCUUCAAAUCCUGCGCGAAUUCAACGAUGUCGAUUAUGGGAUUCGAACAUCCAGUCGUAUGCAGCGCAAGAGCUGCCGCGAAGGAACUGAGAAGGCCCUCUGGAACUGCGUGACGUGCGAUUCAUCGGAAAGUCCAUGGUUGUGCCUGGCGUGUGGUCUCAUUUUUUGCGGUCGCUUCGUGAAUGCACACGGCAUUAAACAUCACAAUGAAAUGAAACAUCCACGUCAUUGCGUGGUUAUGAAUUGUCAUACAUACGAAGUGUUUUGCUAUGUCUGUGAUGACUUUGUCGGUGAUGACACUGAAGAUGGCAAGAUCUCCUCUGUUCGGCACUCGCUGGCUUACUUCAACAGGACAAGAUGUGCUGACCACAGCUACUCGUCUCAGCUCUACAUCACCAGUCAAGAGAGCUCGUUCUAUGAUGCUGAAGAUUCAGUAGAUCUCACAACAGAAGAAGAGGAUGAGGAAGCUAUUAGUCGAGCUGUUGCGGAGAGGGUCGUUCAGCUUGAUGAGGAUAGUGGAUCCGUCCCGGAAGACGAAGGACGUCCCGCUCGAGUACCACCUGGAUCAGUUCAUUCAAACAACAUACCGGAUCUAGGUGUGAAUAGAUCCGGCCCGCUUAUUGGUGGAAGAGCUUUACGUCCACGAAAACGCAAACAGAGCUUCACUCUCUCUCCAUCAAGUUCUCCGCCACGCAAUCAUGAUCCUGACUAUGCUGUUGGGAAACAGGCUCGAUUUCGACCAGAACUUCGAGGAUUGAAGAAUCUCGGCAAUACGUGCUUCAUGAAUUCGGUGAUCCAGGCAUUGAAUACAACAGAUGUGUUUCGUGGAUAUCUGACGCAGCUCCCGCUUCUCCAACCAGACGAUGACGACAAUGAUGAGCAUCAGCCAUUGGCCAGUCCACGCUAUAAUACUAGACGAGCUGCUUUGGCUGUAAACUCUCCAACAACGACGACGUCAACCACAACACCAACAGUACUUGCUGAAGAGUUACGUAAAGUCCUGAUCAGGCUUGGUGACAUCAGACAUGAUCAAGCCGUCUCACCUGACGAGUUCUUUCAAUCUGUAUGGAAAAUCUCGCCAAGGUUCAGAGGAUACCACCAGCAAGAUGCACACGAGUUCCUAAGGUGCACUAUGGAUAGGCUCCAUUCCGAGCUGAGAAGGUGUCGAAUUCCGGAAUCUGUAGAUCAGUGGCUAGCGGCUGUUUGCGGUGGAAGUGAAUCGCCAAAUGGCUCAGCUGUUACAACACUGUUUGAAGGAUCUCUGCAAAGUCAGGUAGUGUGCCUGACGUGUCACACUGCUAGUAAUAAGCAUGACCCGUUUCUAGAUUUAUCCCUGGAUAUAUUCGUUCCGGCCGCGAACGGAAGGGCAAGUAACGUGCGGUUGUCAGAGUGCAUUAAGCGAUUUUUUGCUAAGGAAGAGUUGGAUCACUGCGAACAAUAUAUGUGCAGCAACUGCAAGGAUAAGCGACCUUCUACCAAGCAGCUUUUUCUUCGGGUUUUGCCUAAUGUGUUAUGCCUCCAUCUGAAGCGAUUUCGGUGGUCCCACUUCAACCGAGGGAAACUCGAUAAUAUGGUCGAUUUCCCAUUGAAUGGCCUAGAUAUUACGCCGUUUAUGGCACAGUGCACUGCAUCACGGGUUACUGAGCAUUCUGGAAGUAUCACCUUUGACUUGACUUCGGUUGUUGUCCACCAUGGAUCAGGAGUCACAUCGGGCCAUUAUACGACGUACGGUCAGAGGGACGGUCAUUGGUACCAUUUCAAUGACGCAUCCGUUAAAGCAUGCUCUGAACAGACAGUUCUGAAACAAAAGGCUUACCUUUUGUUCUACACUCGAUCUACCCGACGUCGAUCAUGA